AUGGCGGCGCUCUCCUCCUCUGCUUGCCCGCCGCGCCCGUUUUCUUUUUUUCCUGCUCUGCGGGCGAGUGUCGCCGAAGCUACGAUUGCGAGGAGAGGCCUCUGCCGCGCGGCGACAAGCAGACCUGCUCCCUGUACGCCGCAGUGUGGAGCCCGUUCCGCGGCCGCCUCCGCCGUGCAUGCACAGUCUUCCUCUCCAAGCUCCGAACCGGAUUUCUCGCGCGUGACCGCUCCAUCACAUGCUGAACAGCGGGCUCACAGCCUGGGCACGAAUGAAAACGGCUCGCAGUGCCGUUCCGCGGAAUUAAAAGGGCUGCGCAGGCCAACGUCUGCCGCUUCUUCGGUGCCUGUACACCGAGCAUUUCUUGGUGGCACCGUCUGCUGGCGUUCUAGGAAUUCUCUUCCCUUGUCUUCCUCCGUCUUUUCCAGCUCAGCUUCCGUUUCCCUCCAGUAUCCUUUCUUGUGGGCGUCUGCUGCGCCCGUGGUCGCUCCUCACUCGCUGCCUGCUUCGUUGUUUUCGUCUCCUCUUCCUUCCUCCUUUCUGGCUUCUUUGCGUGCAUCUCCGGCGCUCGUAUCUUCUUCGUUCGCGUCGAAUCCUGAUCACGUGCCCGCCUCGGAAACUCUUCAGCUCGGCUCUGCUCUGGAGCAGAGGUGGCGGGUGCCUAUUCCGAUGUGUAUGGACACGCGCGGCUGCGAGGGAAGACGGCUGUACUCUGGAGAGCCUCGCAUCAGAAAUAAAAACAGCAGCCACACAUCCGAGUGGAUUAAGCGGCAGAUCACUGAUAGAUACGUCUUGCGCGCACAAGAACGCAAUCUCCGGAGUCGGGCGGCCUUCAAGCUCGAGCAGCUCGACGACGAGUUUAUGUUUUUCCGAAAAAAUCAAAUCGUCAUCGACCUGGGCGCGUACCCCGGCGGCUGGAGCCAAGUGGCUCUCGACCGCAUUCGCGCCGGCGGCGGCGACGGCCGCGUCAUCGCCGUCGACCCCGUCGCCAUGGAUCCGCUGCCACACCACACCUUUAUUCAAAGCAGCGUUGGGCAAGCGGGGACGCUGCAGGCGCUUCUCGAAGAGCUCGGCGAGGCCAAAGCCGACGUCGUCCUCAGCGACAUGGCACCCUCAUGCAUCGGCGUCAAGCAAGACGACCACCUGAACUCCGCGGAGCUCUGCCUGUACGCGUCCGACCUCAUGGAGCAGGUGCUGAAACUCGGCGGCACGUUUGUCACGAAAAUCUUCAUGGGGAGCGAGACGAACAACUUCAAAGUUUAUCUGCGCACGCGGUUCAAGAAGGUCUCCUCUGCGAAACCCAAGGCGUGCCGCUCAGAAUCGCGGGAGAUGUAUUUCGUGUGCCAGCACUUCCUCGGCCGCGAGCGCCUUGCCGAAGAGGUUCAGCUGAAGGGCUGCUUCACUGGAAAAGAGGGUUACCUCUAA